AUGGUUGUAUCAUGCUGUGUUAUCGGAUGUGUAUAUAGGUUUGAUAAGACUAAUCCCAAGAGCUUUUUCCGCAUACCUAAGAAGCCUGAAUCAAGAAGAAAGCUUUGGAUUUCUGCUAUUAAGCGUCAAGACACGAGUGGAAAAGAAUGGGAGCCUGCAGACCACGACCGCGUUUGCUAUCUUCACUUUGUGACUGUUUCAAAGAACAAUGAUCAGUCAUCCCCAGAUUAUGUGCCAUCUGUGAAUAUGGGCUAUGACACAAACAGAAAAAUCCUGAGCAAAGGAAGGCUAGAUACCUGA